AUGGAACGUCUACUGCGAUCGUUGCUCAUGAAUCAAAACAAGCAGGCCACCGACAAGCUUGACCAUCCAGAUACCUCUGAAACAGUCAACAUCUCUUCCUUGGCUCUGCUCAAAAUGCUGCGCCACGCGCGAUCUGGAAUUCCUCUCGAGGUGAUGGGUCUAAUGCUUGGAGAAUUCGUUGACGACUAUACUAUCAACGUUCUGGAUGUCUUUGCGAUGCCUCAGAGUGGAACAAGUGUGACUGUGGAGUCCGUGGACCCUGUUUACCAGACGAAGCAUAUGGAUUUGCUGAAAUUAGUUGGUAGAACUGAAAAUGUUGUUGGAUGGUACCACUCUCAUCCAGGAUUCGGAUGUUGGUUGUCUUCUGUCGACGUCAACACUCAACAAUCUUUUGAAGCUCUUCACCCGCGAGCUGUGGCUGUUGUCGUGGAUCCGAUUCAGAGUGUUAAGGGAAAAGUUAUGCUUGAUGCGUUCAGAUCAGUGAACCCUCUCAAUCUUCACAUUCGUCCAUUGGCUCCAACUGCCGAACCCAGACAAACUACUUCUAAUCUGGGGCAUCUGACGAAGCCAUCAUUGAUUUCCGUGGUACAUGGUCUCGGAACAAAGUACUACUCAUUGAAUGUGGCUUACAAAAUGGGAUCAAACGAACAGAAGAUGUUGAUGUGUUUGAAUAAGAAAAGUUGGUACGAUCAGUUGAAUAUGAGACAGUACUCGGAGUUGGAGAAAAGUCAAGAUGAGAAGUUUAAGAGUAUCAACAAGUUGAUUGCCGUUGUCAACAAAGAAAUUGAGGAGGAUAAGAAUAAGCCAAAGACUGACAGCAAGGAGAAACCAGCAUCUGAAACCAAAUCAAAGAACCAAGAAGAUGUCAAGAAGUUCGGGAAGGUCAAUGCUAAACAUCAGUUGCAAAUGGUCAAACUAAGCUUAAAUACAAAUAUCAUGUUUCAUGUUUCAGAUCACAUCAAAUCUUCUGAAUGA